UUCGUCGCAAGGUGGCGCCGUCACCGAAUUGUUUUACGUCAUUUUAGUCGGGUGGUGAUAACAUUUCCCGAGACUAAAGUCGAAUUAGAGUAAAAUGGCCAACUACAUCCUACGCCGUGCGCUGUUAGAUGCAGUCCGCGUACCCGCCGGCACUCGCUCAGUCAGCGAGCUCGCCAAGGUGGGCAACAGGGAGUGGGUGGGCUUUGGUUACAAUGGGCAGCCCAACUAUGUUGACAGAACCGACUUCCCCAUGCCAGCUGUUCGGUUCCAGCCUGACACUCCUGACAUCAAGGUCCUCCGCCAGAAAGAGAAGGGUGACUGGAAGAAGCUGACCCUUGAGGAGAAGAAGGCUCUAUACCGCGCGUCCUUCUGCCAGACCUUCGCCGAGUUCCAGGCGCCCACGGGCGAGUGGAAGGGAGCCUUCGGCUGGGCGCUCGUGAUCGGGUCGCUGUCUGUGUGGAUCUAUUUCGGCAUGAAGCUGUUCGUGUACAGUCCUCUGCCAGAGUCUCUGUCUGAAGAGAGACAGAAGGCCCAACUGAAACGCAUGCUGGACCUGAAGGUUAACCCAGUAGACGGACUCGCCUCCAACUGGGACUACGAGAACAACCGCUGGAAGUAAACUUUACCACGGCGCUAUGGAGGUGCUACUCCGGUCAACAUACGCGUACUUCGGUGAUAGAGUAGACAAUGUAAUUUAUAAGCGAAUAACUCUGUAAGAUAAUUAAAUUGUGAUUCCAAUCAAUCAGUUACAA